GGUUGCCGUAUUACCGUAGAAUAUUUGAACUUUUGAACAGCUGUAAGAAAAGUAGAAGUGAAUAGAAGUUGACAUUUCUGUUGACAUUUAAGCAGUUCGCUUCACACGGGUACCUCGACGCGAUUUAAAUGCAAAAACAUGCAUAUCCAUGAUAUUUAGCUUUAGUUAAAAAGAUGGACUGGGUUAUAUCAGACGAGCUGUCUCUCACAGUGGGAAACGUGGUAGGCUGGAUCAGUGCAGGAGCUAUGGUGAUAGGUGGUGUUAUACCAUACAUCCCUCAAUAUAGACAAAUUAAAAAGACUCAAGAUGCCGAUGGUUUUUCUCUGCAUGUUUGUCUCGCUCUUCUUAUAGCUAAUACACUCCGAAUAUUGUUUUGGUUUGGUAGACAUUUCGAGUAUCCCUUACUAAUACAGAGUAUUAUUAUGAAUAUAACAAUGUUUGUUAUGGUUCAUUUGUGCGUUCAAGUAAGAAACAAGAAUCAGUUAAUUCAAGCACGUCAAAGGAUAUUUACAGAUUGUAUACACUUGUAUGUAUUCUCAAUCAUAAGAAGUAUGUAUUCUUACUCACAAGAAAACGUUUAUAGGAGGGGUGGGCUAGCUUUUUGUGACGUAAUACUUAUUAGGGGGUCGCUGAAAGUGUGACUACUUAGCGUGACGAAAGGGGGGGAGGGAUCCAGAAAGGUGAAAUUCAGAAUGACGUAUUUUAUGGAUAGUUUCUUAUUAAUUACAAAUAUUAAAUGAUCAUAAUUAAUUUGGCCGAUUUAUAUAAAUAAAAAGGAUGGGAUUCAGAAGGUUUUUAUGUUUCGAAUUUGGCAGAAAAAUGGUAUGGGAAUUAAAAUUAUGAAAUUAUAUGCUACAUUUUCUAAUAAAACAAAAAAUUAAAUAAGUGUUAUUUAAGUUAACUCAUCUGAAUCCUAAAAUCCUUACAAUGAGUGCAUACUG